AUGGCGCGGAUCCUUUUUACGAGUAUGGGUGGUCGCUGUUCUCCAUACGACCGCGCUAUCCAUAUGGGCAAUGCUGCCAUCCUGCGGCUUUUCUCAUCGUCAUCGUAUACACCAGCAAAGUUGAGCUCAUUUACGUCCAGUGGCGAUUUACGCAUUGAACUCGCAAUUUGUGGCAGAUAUCUCGACGUCAUCAAAUACCUCGUCUGUGAGAUGAAGGUUGACGUCAACACGGUGGACAUGAACGAGUGUACGGCACUUCACCUAGCCGUCAACCACGACAAUGAGGAUGCGGCGAGGACUCUGCUCUAA